AUGUGCCGCGCUGCUGCCGGCGGGAGCGCAGCGGCGGGUCGCCCCUCGGGGGCCCAGUCCUGCCGGGGCCGCGGCCCCGGGGCACCGGGAGCGCUCCCGGGGGGUGCCGGGCCUGCCGGGCUCUCACGGGUCACAGCCACGGUGCGCCUUUCACCGGCGCUGUACGAGGCCCAGGAAAAAGUAAGGAUAUCUUCUGAAGUAAAAGACAUGAAAAAACAAACUCCUGAUCUCAGGGUGAUUACUCAAAGAAAUAAAUCUGUGGAAGAAGACAGUGCUGACAAAAAUCAGACAAGUUGCUCUGAAAAAGUUAGCAGAGAAAAUGCCACUUGUAGUUAUGAAAGUACAGUUGUAAAACUGCCAGUAAUAGCAUCAUUUGCCGGUACCACUAAAAAAAUUGUAAUGGUCAGACACCCAGCACCAUCUCAAAAGCCAAGUUACUGCAGGUCUAAUUUUCAUGUUAAUAGCUCCCCUAUCUCAUUAGAAAAGACAAAAGCUGUUAGUAAAGUAAAGAAUAGAGUGCAUAUGCUACAGAUGGAUCCCCAGAAUUUAAAAAGAGAUAAAACUGCAGAAAUAGAUACUGUGAUUAGAGAGAGUGAUGAAUUUAGCUCUACAGAUUCUGAUACAAGUAAAAAUAUUUCAAGAAAGGGAAAAAUAACCAGGGAAAGCUGUAAGAAGAGAAGCAGUGUGAUUUCAAAAGCAAAGCAACAAGAUUUAGAUGUUGAAUCGGUAAGAGUACUGAGAAAAAGAAGCAAGCAGCCAAGUGUGAGGUCUGCUAGAGAACAGUUGGAAGAGGCAAGAGAUGUGACUAGACCAGACAUUUCAAAAAUAUACGAGAAGAACUUCCAGCAGAGCAAACCUGAAGAGCCUACUUCCACACCAGCAUUGCCUGUGAAAGUGGUUGCAAGGUCCAUUGAUGAAAUAAUUGCUUCCCUGCAGUCUACUUCUCCAUCUCCCUCAGACCAGACGAUCAAAGAACUCCUGGAGAGUGUUCUUGGCCAGAACUACAACAUAAAAACGGAACAGGCACCAAUUGAAUAUGAGGAAAUAAAAACUGAAUCUCAAGUUCUGCCAAGUUUUCACCAAGCAAGCCUGAAGACACCAGUAGUUCAGAAAGAAUCUCAAGCAGCAGAAAAUGAAUCUCGGCCUAAAGAUGAGCUGUUAACAUAUAAUAAGCAGGUGAAGCAGGCUCCAUCCUCGGAUGUGUUACAGGUGGAAGGAAAAGCAAUAUCAAAAAUUAAACCGAAUGAAGUUCAGAAAGAGCUACAAAAGGAAUAUGGCUUGCAACAAUCUCUGCCUCCUCAGGCUUCAAAUGUCAAAGGUCAACAUUAUCCCAGCAUUCAUCGUCUAUGUACUGCUUUUCCUAGUUUUAUAUUGCCUCCUUAUUUACAACUGGUUUCUAGAGUUUAUCAUACUUUAGACAGAAGAGGUCAUAAUAUCUUAUUUACAGCAGAGGACACAGACAAUAAGGAGGAAGAAACAAUGUGUUCCAAAUGUAUUUAUUUGAAAGAGCAAUCUGAAAGCAAAAGAAUUUAUUAUGAAGGAGUUCCUAUUUCAGAGCAAUUCCAGAAUAAUCGGAUGGAUGGGAUUCACUUUCUUCCCCCUCAUACAUCAAAAAAUCUAACUGAACGCCAAAAAGUAGCUGAAUAUUGUCUUAAAAAGCCACAACUGCAACUGUUAGGAGAAAAAAGCAAUGUUAUUGAGGAUGUUGUAUUUGAAGACUUUUUCACUGAUCAUGAAGAGUUAGAAGCUGAGCAAGAUGAUCAUGAUUUCUAUGAUUAUGGACUGGUGAAACAUGCUGGGCAAGAUGCACUUGCUUUUGUCCUUGAAAGAAGCUUUUUUGAUAGUGACUAUGGCUGUCUGAGAACAAAAAGUUUACUGAGAAGAUGCCAGUCCUUGCCUGAUUUUUCUGACAGUGAGAGCUCAGAGACAAGUUGGAUUAAAGGGUCAGUCUCAGCUCUGGAGAUGACUGCUUUCCAAGAUGAAACUACAUUAAAUAUGUCAGAUAAUUUCAAAACCAGCAUGGAAGAGUUGAAGGUUAUGAAGCAACAGAUAGCUGAGCCAGACGUUGGGACAGAAAUCGGGAAAAGCUCCCCUACCAAGCAUCCAUUGAAUCAAAUAUGUGAUGAUCUUCAGUCAAUGCAGACAGAUAUACCAGCAGAAAAAAUGCCUACUUUGACUGGACAAGAGGAUAGUGAGAAUGACAUUGUUCUUGCGGAACGACCUCAAAAGACUGGGAUUAAAUACACUGUUUUCCCAAGAAGAAAGAAAACAAAGAAAUCAAAGAAAAUAAUAAACACUGGAAAAUUAGAAGUUGUGACUAAGAAAUUAAGUCAACCCCCAAAGAUUCUUAAAAGGUCUAUGUCUCUGGGAAGGCUUCCUAUUCAUGAUAAAUUCAGUAUCAAGGUGUCUUCAGCAAUCAAUCAAUAUCAGAGCCCCAGCAUUCCUUGUUUGUUAGAUUUUGAAAAGUUUGCAGAAGUAAGGGGUGGAAUUCCAAAACAAACUUGUGCUUGCAUUGGGACUGCUUCAGAGGAGAAGGAUACUGAGCUACUAAAAGGAACUGAGAUGGUGGCCUCUCAAGAAGCAAAUCUACAAAUAGAACUAGUUGACUCAAUACAGCCUGUUCUUCUUGAAGGUGCAACAGUUACUACUGAAGAUUUAGAAAAAGAAGUAAGAAGACUGACUGAGCUAAUAGAAAAGGAAGAGCAUCCUUCAGCUUUUCACUACUGCAGGCGUGGAGCAAUACAAAGAAAGUUAGGCAAGUUAAAGUCAGCUAUGGAUGACUUGGAAAAAGCUAUAAGUUUAGAACCACUACUGCUUAAUGCUUACUGGCAUAGACAUUUGAUUUACCUCUUUCAAGACAGAAUUUCUGCUGCUUUGGAUGACCUGCAUUUUAUAACUAAAUGGAGCAAAAAUAAAGCAGAUACAUACCUGUCAAUGGCUGAAAUUUACAGAAAACAAGGUGAUAAUACAUUGGCAAUCAUCAGUUAUAGCUCUGCAAUACAAUGCAGCCCUACAGAUGAUGACAUUUAUUUUAGGAGAGCAGAGUUGUAUUUUGAGGAAAAUAAAUUGUUAUUGGCCAUGGAUGAUUACACCAAAUGUUUUCAGUAUAACCCAAAAAGAACAGAUGCACUUAUGAAACAUGGAAUACAUUUCUUUGACUGUUCAGUUUUGACUACAGCUAUUCAGGAUUUUACAGCUGUGAUCAAUGAAGACCCCAGCAAUGCUCAGGCGAGGCUGUAUCGAGGAAGAGCAUAUGCUAAGCAGCAGCAGUAUGGAAAUGCAAUACAAGACUUAGGAGCAGCUGUCCAUCUAGACCCUUCUUGUUGGUUAGCAUUCUACUAUAGAGGUUGCAUACUACGACAGAUUGAUCCAAAAAGAGCUGUGCAGGACUUCAGUGUUUCUGUACUCAUCAAUGACACUCAGAAAAAUUUACGUUCUUUUCUUCAUCGUGGGAUUAUUUACUCAGAACAGUGUCAAUGGUCCCUUGCCAUCUGUGACUUUGAAAGUGUCCUUGCUCUGGACAGCUCUGUCAUCUCUGCUUACCUAAAUAUUGGUUUGAUACUGCUGUUGCAUCUCAAUCAAUGCUAUGAAGCUAUUCGACAGUUUACUAAUGCCAUUGAAACUGAUCCUCUCAAUGUUCGAGCCUACGUAUGCAGAGCACUAGCGUAUCAUAAGAUUAAUAAUUUACCAAAUGCUGUGAAGGAUAUAAACCGAGCCAUUCAUCUUUAUCCAAAUAAAUCACAACUUUGCAUAUUAAGGGGACAGUAUUUAAUGGAGUUGAAGAAAUAUGAGCUGGCAAGUUUAUGUGUUCACCAACUUGCAGAAAUGGAUGAAGGUAAUCCUGUUCAGCAAGCACUCAUUCAAUCAUUUUGUCAAAAUCACAAUACGGCCAUAGAGUGCUUACGUGAAGCUACUGCAACUCAACCUGAGCCUUCAGUGUUUGUUAUUUUAGGAAAAAUACAAAUGAAAGCCAAGAAAACUAAGGAUGCUGUGAGAAGUUUUAAAAAAGCUAUGAAACUUCUGAUGACCUCAGUAAAAAUCCUGCCUAAUACAUUUGAGGCUGCAGAAAUGUAUUAUCUCACAGGCCUGUGUUACAUGGAGCAAAAAAGUUUAUUACAGGCCUGUGAUGCUUUUAGUACGGCUAUCAGACUACAUUCAAGUUACCCUGAUGCUUUUUAUCAGCGAGGGCUGUGUAGAAUGCAGCUCAGACAAGCUAAGUGCAUCCAAGAUUUCAAUCGAGCACUUGCCCUUUGUCCAUCACAUUUCCAGGCGUAUAUGAGUCGUGCUGCUUACUAUGGAAGUAAAGGUAGAUACUCUAAGGCAAUUCUGAAUUGCAAUGAGGCAAUCAAAAUUCUUCCUAACAGUGUGCGAGCUUAUUUUUAUCGAGGAACUUUAAAGUACCAAAAUAAGACAUUUAAAACUGCAAUUGAAGACCUUUCAAAAACUAUUGACCUCAACAAAACCUGCAUUUUGGCAUAUUAUAACAGAGCUGUCUGUUAUCAUCAACUAAAGGACUUCAGAAAGGCUUUGAAAGAUUAUGGAAUUCUUCUUCUGCUUGAAUUGAGUAAGGAAAUAGCUUUUAAAGUGUUAAUUAAUCGUGGACUACUCUACAUGGAACUUGGUGAUUACGCUAAUGCAUGCGAGGACUUUAAAGAAGCAACUUUGCUUAAUCCAGAUGAUAGCCAGAUCUUUCAAGCUAUUGGAAUCUGCUAUCAUAAACUUCAUGAGUUUGAAGAAGCUGUGAGAUCAUUUGACCAGGUUCUCAAACUAGAUCCCAUUUCUGUGGGUGCCUAUGUUGGACGAGGAAAUUCAUACAUGGAAAACGGACAUGAGGUUGGUCGUAAACGAGCGCAGAAAGAUUUCUUGAGAGCAAUUCACCUGAAUCCAAGGUGUGUGAAAGCCAGAAUUUGCUUAGGAUACAACUUGCAGGCCCUUGGAAAGUUUCAGAGAGCAUGGAGGCAAUUUACAGUUGCCAUUUGCAUUGAUCCAAAAUGCCAUGCUGCAUAUGAUGGACGAGCUUCAGUCUGUCUUCAAAUGGGUGAAACUUUUGCUGCAUUUCAAGAUACAAAUGCCGCACUACAGCUCACUACCACUGCUCCGCUGCUAACAAAUCGGGGUGUCAUCAAUCAGUUAAUGGGAUAUCUACCCUGUGCGAUGAAGGACUAUCAACAAGCUAUUUCUGUUGACCCCAACUAUGCAUUAGCCUAUUUCAAUGCAGCAAAUAUCUACUUCUUUAAUCGGCAGUUUUCACAGGCCUAUUGCUAUUAUUCCAAGGUAUUGCAACUUGACCCAAGAAAUGAAUCUGCUGUUAUGAAUCGUGCUAUUACAAAUACAUUACUAAACAAUAUUGAAGAAGCAAAAGAAGACUUUGAGAAGGCAAUUUCUCUCUGCCCAUUCUCUGCAGCAGUGUAUUUUAACAGGGCAAAUUUCUAUAAUGGAUUGAAGCAAUAUGAACUAGCAGAGAAAGACAUUUCAACAGCAUUGUCAAUUCAGCCUAAUGAUGCCUUGAUGUAUAAAUUUAGAGCUGAUAUUCGUGGUAAAUUGGGUUUCAAUAAAGAGGCCGUAGAAGACUACAAACAAGCAAUCAGCAUUCAAGAACAGAUUGAUUCCAUGUGA